GACGCCGGAAGUGGCCCUCAGCCCCUUCUCCUGGGCCAUGGAGACUGAGGCACCGUAGAGUCUGGUGUGAGGCUUGUGGGGGCAGCGGCCAUGGAGGCCGUGUUGAACGAGCUGGUGUCUGUGGAUGACUUGCUGAAGUUUGAAAUGAAAUUUCAGUCUGAGAAGUCAGCAGGCUCGGUGUCCAAGAGCACGCAGUUUGAGUACGCCUGGUGCCUGGUGCGGAGCAAGUACAAUGAUGACAUCCGUAAAGGCAUCGCGCUGCUCGAGGAGCUGCUGCCCAAGGGGAGCAAAGAAGAACAGCGGGAUUAUGUCUUCUACCUGGCUGUGGGGAACUACCGGCUUAAAGAAUAUGAGAAAGCCUUAAAGUACGUUCGAGGGCUGCUGCAGACUGAGCCCCAAAACAACCAAGCCAAGGAACUGGAACGGCUCAUUGACAAGGCCAUGAAGAAAGAUGGACUGGUGGGCAUGGCCAUUGUUGGAGGCAUGGCCCUGGGCGUGGCAGGACUGGCUGGACUCAUCGGGCUUGCUGUGUCCAAGUCAAAAUCCUGAGGGAGACUGCACCUCCUCCUCUGCCGAGGGUGACACGGGAGACCCUGGAAGACAUCUGUCUUAACCGUCCCUUUCCUAUUCUUCCCCUGCACUCCUGCCACUGCCCUCUGUGAUCUUCAACUUCCACUUCCUUAAGACUUGCCCUUCAGCCCCAAAUCAUGUGCUUUGGGAUGAGUGUAAAUAAAAGUGGGCUGUGGCUUGGGAA